AUGGUGGACGCAGCCGGGGGUCGAGGGGAUCCUGGAUGGCUGGGGCACAGAGGACUGGGGACAGUGCGAGUGGAACCGAGGGCACGCGCCGGCCCGGGGGAAGUCACAGCACAAAGCCACAAGUUUCUGCUCCGCAGUCCCGCCCAGCCCGGUUUAGAGCGAGCGGUGCCCCGAGCCCCGGGCCCCAGCCUCUGUGAGGCAGCGGGAACUAGACUUUUAUCCUCAUUUUGCUACCUGGACUCCUGGAGCCCAGCCUACCCCAUCCACUGGCAUCCUUCCUGGAAGCGCGCCAAGUCAGAGGUGGCUGAUUCUGCGCGCGCGGUGCCCUGCUGGGAGCGGCGCCGGUGGCAACCCGAACUUGUUCUGCGGAGGAGUCUUUCCAAGCAGGGUACCUCCAAUAACCUCCCGUCCUGGAGGGGACCUCCAGCUCACUGGAUCCUGGGACUCCUACCCACUCUCCUUAGGAUCCCAGAGGAUCCCAAACCUGACCUCUUCUCUCUCAUUGUGCAGAUUCGAAUCUGGGCUCGGCCCAGUGCCAUUGCUCAGGGCCAUGGUGAUUACGCCCUCAACAAGACAGGCCCCAUCUUAAGCUUCUUCGCCCAACAUUAUAAUACAGCCUACCCUCUAGAAAAGUCUGACCAGAUUGCCCUGCCUGACUUCAAUGCUGGAGCCAUGGAGAAUUGGGGUCUUGUGACCUACCGUGAGAGCGCCCUGCUCUUUGAUCCUGAGUCCUCCUCCAUCGGCAACAAGGAGCGGGUGGUCACUGUGAUUGCUCAUGAGCUGGCCCAUCAGUGGUUCGGAAACCUGGUGACGGUGGCCUGGUGGAAUGACCUGUGGCUGAACGAAGGCUUUGCCUCCUAUGUGGAAUAUCUGGGUGCUGAUUUUGCAGAGCCCACCUGGAAUCUGAAAGACCUCAUAGUGCAGAAUGAAUUAUAUCGUGUGAUGGCCGUGGAUGCACUCGCCUCCUCCCACCCCUUGUCCAGCCCUGCCAAUGAGGUCAACACGCCGGCCCAGAUCAGUGAGCUUUUCGACAGCAUCAGCUAUAGCAAGGGAGCCUCAGUCAUUAGGAUGCUCUCCAGCUUCCUGACCGAGGACCUGUUCAAGAAGGGCCUUUCAUCUUAUCUCAAUGCCUUCAAAUACUCGAACACCGUUUAUCUGGACCUGUGGGAACACCUGCAGAUAGCCGUGAACAACCAGUCAGAAGUCAGACUCCCGAAAUCCGUGCGCGACAUCAUGGACCGCUGGACCCUACAGAUGGGCUUUCCCGUUAUCACUGUGAAUACCAGUACAGGAGACAUCUCCCAGGAACACUUCCUUCUUGACCCCGAUGCCACUGUCACCCGGCCCUCAGAAUUUAACUACUCCUGGAUCGUGCCCAUUCCGUAUCUCAAAAGUGGACAACAGCAGCAGGAGGGUUACUACUGGCUGGAAAACCAGAAAGCCCAGAAUGACAGCUUCAAGACCUCUGCGGACAAUGAGUGGGUCUUGCUGAACCUUAAUGUGACAGGCUAUUACCAGGUCAACUAUGAUACAGGCAACUGGCAGAAGAUUCAGAAUCAGCUGCAGGAAGACCUUUCUGCCAUCCCCGUUAUCAAUCGUGCGCAGAUUAUCUAUGACUCCUUCAACCUGGCCAGUGCUCGAAAGAUACCCAUCACUCUGGCACUGAGCAACACCCUCUUCCUGUACAACGAAACGGAAUACAUGCCCUGGGAAGCCGCCCUGAGCAGCCUUAACUACUUAAAGCUCAUGUUCGAUCGCUCCGAGGUCUAUGGCCCCAUGAUGAGUUACCUGAAGAAGCAAGUCCGGCCCCUCUUCACUUACUUCAAAAAUCAAACCAACAACUGGACCGUUCGCCCACCAACACUGAUGGAACAGUACAAUGAAGUUAACGCCAUCAGCACCGCCUGUUCCAGUGGUAUCAAAGAGUGUAAGGACCUGGUUUCUCAGCUUUAUAGUCAGUGGAUGAACAACCCUAAUGUUAACCUGAUCCACCCCAACCUUCGGUCUACUGUCUACUGCAACGCCAUUUCUUUCGGCGGCGAGGAGGAGUGGAACUUUGCCUGGGAACAGUUCCGGAAGGCCACUCUGGUAAAUGAGGCAGACAAGCUCCGAGCGGCCCUGGCUUGCAGCAAAGACGUGUGGAUUCUGAACAGGUACCUGAGCUACACUCUGAAUUCUGAGUACAUCCGGAGGCAGGAUGCCACCUCCACCAUCACCAGCAUUGCCAGCAAUGUGGUUGGGCAGCCUCUGGUUUGGGACUUUGUCCGAAGCAACUGGAAGAAGCUCUUUGAGGAUUUCGGAGGAGGCUCUUUCUCCUUUGCCAAUCUCAUCCAGGGAGUGACACGGCGCUUUUCCUCUGAAUUCGAGCUGCAGCAGCUGAAGCAGUUCAAGGCAGAAAACCAACAGACAGGCUUUGGCUCGGGCACUCGGGCUCUGGAGCAAGCUCUGGAGAAGACGGAAGCCAACAUUAAGUGGGUGAAGGAGAACAAGGAGGCAGUCCUCAAGUGGUUCACACAAAACAGCCAGUAGACCCUGGUCCUGAGAACCACUUGGCCCCAUGUGACACCAUGACUAUCUCGGCAGCCUGUGCAGGGUCUCUGUCCUCAGAGCUACAGACACCGGCAUCCUACCCUCAAGGACCCCGUGAGCCAGCCUAACUCCAGCACCCCCCAGCCCUUGCCCCUCAUGCCAACUCUGCCCCAGGCCCAGGCCUCUGGGGCUGAUCUCAGGGAAGUCCAGCUCUGAGGCCAGAUUAAGAAGACUUCACUGGACAAAGGGCAGCCCAGAUAGAGUCACCCUGCACACUUUACCACUGUCCCCCACAAGACCCAGAACCAAAGAAUCAACAGGGUGUAGUGGAUAGCCAUCCCAGCAUUGGCCUGGAAGUUCCAACCUCCA